AUGAGUCAUCCCUUGUUGCAUAAAGCACCACCUACCACUCGCCGCGGUAGGACAGGCAGACGUCGUCGUACUGCGCGAUCCACCACAAUGCACGACCAUUCAGACAUCAUUCGAGGAAGAGUCGUCAAGGACGAGCCGUAUGUCAAGUUCUUCGACUGGUUACGACACUAUGAUUUUCCAAAGACCAAGAUGGUUUUAGCCGAGUUUCCCAGUAAGUGA